AUGGCAUCUAGACAGAGCAGCGGUGCUGGCAGCCGCGAGAGUGAUGCCUCAGCUCAGUACGACAGCAUAUCAACCAGCCAGAAGAUGAUAUCCGCCACAUGGGGGAGCCUUCUCACAUCUCUCCUAGUAACACCGCUGGACGUGGUAAGAGUGCGUCUACAGGCGCAGACACCUGUGAUCCGAGCCUCACUGCCUCCGUCAACGGGCUCGCCACCCCAAACGACACUGACAUCCGUCUCACCAUCACCACUAACCUUCUUCCGGCAUCUUCCUCCCAACCUCGGCGUGACGGCAUGCUGCCGGGAGGUAUUCUGGAUAGGAGAAAACGCGCAGACGCAGUUCUGUCUCGUCAACCAGCCGCCACCCUCGGCGACACCGCAGCCACCGUCUGCAUCCUGCAUUGUCGAGCAACGCAAGUCGUACACCUCCACCCUGGACGGGCUACGCAAGAUAGCACGCCACGAGGGGCCGUUGUCUCUAUGGCGAGGCCUCUCUCCCACCCUGGUCAUGGCCAUACCGGCCAACGUCAUCUACUUCACGGGCUACGACUGGCUGCGGUACGACCACUCCAGCCCGGUAGCGACCUACGUCCCGGCCAAUGCGGCUCCGCUGGUCGCCGGUGCGGCAGCCCGGAUAGCGGCAGCGUCAGCCAUCAGCCCGAUCGAGAUGUUCCGGACUCGACUGCAGGCCGUCCCGGCCGGGGGCGGAGUGCACGGCUCGGACCACUUCAAGGCGACGCUGCGGGAUCUAGGCCGGAUGGUGCGCCGAGAGGGCUACACCUCGCUCUGGCGAGGCCUGACGCUGACCAUGUGGCGAGACGUGCCCUUUUCCGGCCUGUACUGGUGGGGAUACGAGCGCAUCAAGCGGCAGCUCGAGUCAAUGCGAGGCCACGCCUUCCCACACACCUGCACCGACCCGGUGCUGACGGGGCCGUCGACCACGCCCGGCUCACCGAGCUCGACGGUGGUGUUUGUCGAGAGCUUCACGGCCGGGGCGGUGUCUGGAGCGGUCUCUGCGCUGGUGACGACGCCGUUCGACGUGGGCAAGACGAGGCAGCAGGUCUCCUCCAGGUCUUCUUCUUCUCCUGCUGCUGCUGCUACGUCCUCGUCCAUACCGCGCUUCCUCCUCAAGAUCGUGCAGGACGAGGGAACCGGGGGUCUCUUUAGGGGGUGGGCAGCUCGCUGUCUCAAGGUAGCCCCGGCCUGUGCCAUCAUGAUAUCGAGCUACGAGGUUGGCAAGAAGGUCGCCAGCACCGCCAACGACGACUGA